AUGGAUUCGGAGGAAGAAACGUACGACGAUGUGGAUUCUGGCAAUGAAUCGAGCGGAGACGAUGUCGAUUUUGCUAUGGAAGUCGAGGUAACUGGUCACAGAGAAAAACAAACAGACUCUGAUGAUUACCCAUACGAAGUAUUUAGCACUGAGGAAAUCGUACAACACAUGGUAGACUCCAUUAAAGAUGUUAAUUCUGUUGUCGAAAUUUCCAAAACUACGACUAGGAUAUUACUGAAUCAUUUCCGAUGGGACAAGGAAAAGUUGAUGGAGAGAUUCUACGAUGGGGACCAAGAUCAACUGUUUUCCGAGGCGAGAGUCAUAAACCCAUUUAAACAAAUGAACAUUAGCACUAAAACCAAGGUGGAAAAGAAAUCGAGUAAUGGCACUGAGGAGUGCGAGAUUUGUUUCAUGGUUCUUCCCUAUUCUCAUAUGACUGGCUUGGAAUGUGGACACCGAUUUUGCACUCACUGCUGGUGCGAAUACCUAACCACCAAAAUAAUGGAGGAGGGUGUGGGGCAAACAAUUGCCUGUGCAGCUCACGGAUGUGACAUUUUAGUCGAUGAUGCUAGUGUGAUGAGAUUAGUAAGGGAUUCCAAAGUUAGACUGAAAUAUCAACACUUAAUAACCAAUAGCUUUGUAGAGUGUAACCGCUUACUGAGAUGGUGUCCUUCCCCGGACUGCAGCAACGCGAUUAAAGUGCAAUACGUGGAACCGCACCGUGUGACUUGCAAGUGCACCCACACGUUUUGCUUCGCUUGCGGCGAAAACUGGCACGACCCCGUCAAGUGCCAUCUGCUGAAGAAGUGGAUCAAAAAGUGCGACGACGAUUCAGAGACCAGCAAUUGGAUAGCGGCCAACACGAAGGAGUGCCCCAGGUGCAAUGUGACCAUCGAAAAGGACGGCGGUUGCAACCACAUGGUUUGCAAGAAUCAAAAUUGCAAGGCGGAUUUUUGCUGGGUGUGCUUGGGCCCGUGGGAGCCCCACGGCAGCUCGUGGUACAAUUGCAACAGGUACGACGAGGACGAAGCGAAGGCGGCACGGGAUGCGCAGGAAAGGUCCCGCUCCGCGCUGCAGAGAUACCUGUUCUACUGCAACAGGUACAUGAACCACAUGGCGUCCUUGAAGUUCGAGCACAAGCUCUACGCCUCGGUCAAGGACAAGAUGGAGGAGAUGCAGCAGCACAACAUGAGCUGGAUCGAGGUGCAAUUCCUCAAAAGGGCCGUCGACAUCUUGUGUCAGUGCAGACAGACGCUCAUGUACACCUACGUGUUUGCUUACUACCUGCUGAAAAAUAACCAGUCUGUGAUUUUCGAAGAAAACCAAAAAGACCUUGAAGGUGCUACUGAAACUCUUUCAGAAUAUUUGGAGAGGGAUAUUACGUCUGAGAACCUUGCAGAUAUUAAACAAAAAGUUCAGGACAAAUACAGGUAUUGUGAUGGCCGCAGGAAGGUACUGUUAGAGCAUGUGCACGAGGGUUACGAAAAGGAAUGGUGGGACUACAAUGAAUAA